AUGUCUCGCUGUACUUCUCGCAGUACCGAUGGCCGGACCAAGAUCACAGUGGACUCUUUGAUUCAUUCAGACCAUCGCAGUACACCUCCAAUGGAACAAGAUCACCGCAAGCCAGCACAGUAUCCGAUUACAAGAAGACUUCCUCCACUGGAAGAGCUGUUCGCCUCGGACCUGCUCAUCACGAACCAAGUCGGCCGGUAUCGAACGUCUGAUCACGCGAAGCAUCAAGGCACCACCGAAGGGAGACAAGCAGUCGACCACUCCUUGUCACCUAGUCGGAGCUCUGCCAGGAUCGAUCCUCCUGCUGUCCGAUCUCAGCUACUGAACGAGAGACGAACUGCAGAUAGCUAUGCACGAGACGGUCCAGCACACAGCGACUUGUCCUCGGUGUCGACAGACUUGCGACAAGCAGGGACAUACCAACACAGCGCAGCAGAUCAGUGUUCUGUUGCCUCGCACUCCUUGCCAUCAACUCCAAGUGUCGGAUACAGUAGCUGGACGUCCCUCAACGGAGACUUUCCGUCCGACAAAGAGCACCAUGCAGUCAAAGACCAGCGUUCCGACUCCGUCUUCACCGAUAGCUUCAAUAUGGCCCGUACAAGCAAUCGAUCUUCACCAGUGUAUAUGAUGGCGGCACCAGACCUCGCAGACGCGGACCUUCGACCCGCAACAUACGUCUAUCAACCGUACCCAACAGACUAUCAAGGGAUCCAGAUCAUCUCCGGAAAAGGCCCUUGCCACGUCUAUACCUCCGGCUAUUUCGUACCAACCCACGUAGAAGGGAAAUACGUGGAUCCCAGCCGAGGACUCACGCGGUCGAAGGUGCCCCGACGGAGACUUUCGACUGCCUGUAGUGUGUGCCGAAAGAAGAAGAUAAGGUGUGAGCCGACUCAUGAUGGAGGCUGUUUGCAAUGCAAGAAAGCCGAUCGAGAGUGUGUAGUGUAGGUGCUUGAAAAUGGUCUCGUCCAUCGACUACGCUAACUCGUUGCACAGGGAACCGAGCAAGAGAAGAACAAAGCGAUGACCGGGAAUGGCAACGAAAGAGGAAAGAUCCUUCUCCAGGCCAAGUCAAGAUCAUCGAAGCUCAUGAUGAUCUCCCGCAUCAUGCUCUGGGACUUUCGGUCACAUGGGGUUGUGUCCUAUCACUGA